AUGGCAGACAGGUGGGCGAAGGCAGAAUGCCUGCGAGACGUCUUCGAGCUACUGGCGCGCGAAAUCCCGCUGGUCGACCGACCCAACAAACCACCCGCUCGGUUGUCAGAGAAAACCGUCACGGCAAUCCGAGAGCACCUUCCGCAGGUUCGUGCACUAGUAGUGCAUCGUCCGGUGUUGCGCAUGAUCGAUGAGAUGAUAAAUGAAGACUUCCCUCGCUCUGCGCAACCUUCCCAGCUACCAACGAUUCGUGGCAUGCUCGCUCCGAAUCACCAGGAACCUGAGGAAAACUUCAACAAUCAGCUACAGCAGAUCAACGGAAACUUCCAGAUGCCAUUUGCUAUGCAGCAGCCAUUCGAGUACGGGAUUGCAGAUUCUGGGCUUGAGGAUUUGGCUGUUGAUGGCCUACUCUCAUUUCCUGGGGUGUUUGACUUCGAAGGCUGGACAUGA